CAUUAAGAAAUUGGUGUGUAUCAGGUCGUGAUCUCUGCAAAACCAGUAACUCGAAGAAAUGAUAUCUUAGUUGGCCGAUGUCCCCGAUCACUUGAUUCCUUUUAACAGUAGCGAAUGCAGCCGAUUGCAAUAGGAAAUAAGAUGAUUUUCGAAUCGGUUAGCUUCGAUUUGUAAAGUUAAAUGUUUGCAUAGUACAAAGGUUAAACAUUGCGCGCGCGAAAUUCCUCGUCAAAAAAAAAUAAAUAAAGUACGGUGCUGUACGAAACUGGGGUUUGUUGAUAAUCAGUUUCCAAAGAGAUUCCCACUCUCAAUGAGGUGAAUAUUUAUAAAGAAAUAGUGAAUAAAUGAAAGCUGUAAAAAAACUAAAGUAAAUAGAAAUAGGAUUGUAAGAAGUCUUUGACGGAAUUGACGUAUUAUUUGGAAAGGUGUAUGGGAUGUGAAAAGGUUAAGAUUGUCGCGCGCGAAUUUAUUUGUUAGAAUAUUGGAGCGGUGAUGGAACCUCGCAGCAUUUUGAAGUUGGACGAUAACGUGAUCAACCGGAUCGCGGCCGGAGAAAUCCUCCAGAGGCCGGGAAACGCGUUGAAGGAAAUGCUGGAAAACAGCAUUGACGCCAAAGCGACUAGGAUCCAAAUAACAGUGGUUAACGGUGGCAUAAAGUUACUGCAGAUACAGGAUAAUGGAUGUGGCAUUAGGAAGGAAGACUUUCCAAUACUCUGUGAAAGAUUCACCACCUCGAAAUUACGCACCUACGAUGAUCUCUCCACCAUGUCAACUUUUGGGUUUCGGGGUGAAGCUCUGGCCAGCAUCAGCCAUGUGGCCCAUCUGACAAUAACAUCGAAAACAUCAACAGAGCAGUGCGCUUACAAAGCAGCUUACUUGGAUGGAGUACUUGUAGGUGAUAUCAAACCGAUCGCUGGUAAUCAAGGAACUCUAAUCUCAGUAGAAGAUAUCUUCUAUAAUAUGCCGUUGCGAAAGAACACCUUGAAUAGUCCGCAGGCCGAGUACACGAUAAUCUCAGAUUUGAUUGGGAAAUAUUCUAUAAACAAUCCACAAGUUGGAUUCAGUUUGAAGAAGCACGGCGAAAACAACAAUAUUGUGACGCAACCGAACUCGACAUCAAUCGACAAUAUAAGGAUUCAUUAUGGAAACACAGUUGCCAAGGAAUUACUCGAAUUCGAGAUGGAAAAUAGAUCAUUCAAGUUCAGUAUAAAAGGACACAUAUCGAACGUGAAUUAUUCGGUGAAGAAUAUGGAAUUCAUUAUUUUCAUUAACGAUCGUCUGGUGAUGGUGCCCAAUCUGAGGAAAAGCAUCGACGACGUUUACAGCAUGUAUCUGCCUAAAAGUAUGCAUCCAUUUCUGUAUUUGAGCAUGCAGGUGGAACCGAGGAAUGUGGAUGUUAACGUCCAUCCGACGAAGCACGAGGUUCAUCUACUGGACGAAGAGAAAAUUGUUGAGAUCGUUACGGAGGCGAUCAGUGCCAAGCUUUUGGGAUCGAAUAAUUCGCGCGUAUUUUACGCACAGACUUUGCUGCCGGGUGCCUCAGUCGUCGAGAAUAGUAACGGAAACAGUUCGAUUAAUAAUACAACGGCGCACGAUAAGACCAUGGUACGCACGGAUCAUAAAGAACAAAAAUUGGAAGCAUUCUUCGGACCAUCGACGAGCACUUCCGUUAAUACGGCCAAUCAGAGCGUCGCUGCAGCUGAUAGUAACCAACCAGUGAUGAGACAAGUGGCCCAGUAUCGAGGGGAAGGUUUCAUGAACUUGGUGUCGGCGCCGGGUCCAACCAGAAAGCUAGACGAAAACAGCCUGAGCAGUUUCAACAAGAGACUAAUCCCGGACAAUUUAAUGAGCAUAAUCUUGCUGCAGACGGAGCUGGAGAAUGUAUGCGACGACGUUCUGCGCGAAGUCUUCGCUAAUCAUUUCUUCGUGGGCUGCAUAAGUCCAAAACUGAGUCUGUUCCAGCACGGCAACAAACUGUUCCUGUGCAACACCGAGAUGGUUAUGCAGGAGCUGUGCUUCGAGUUCCUCAUUUUUCACUUCCACAAUUUCGACGUGUACAGGUUCGAAACGCCGCUCUCCAUUUACGAAUUGGCGAUGAUCGCACUGGAUCUACCUGAAACGGGUUGGCACGAGAUCGACGGUGAAAAAGCUGUGCUCGCUGAAUCCGCUGUCUCGAUAUUGCAAUCCAAAGCUAAAGUGUUGAGCGAAUUCUUCGCGAUGGAAAUCGACGAUUGCGGGAACCUGCUCACGAUACCCAUAUUGAUAGAUAAGUAUCUGCCUAAUCUAUCCGGUCUGCCGAUGCUGAUACUGCGAAUUGCGGCCGAAGUGGAAUGGGACAAGGAGGAGGAAUGCUUCGGAAACUUCGCUCGUGAGAUGAGCAGGUUUUAUGGGAAGAUGUACCCGGACGAGAACUGGGAACACGUCCACACGCACAUCCUUUAUCCCGCCAUCAAAGAUUACUUCUGCCCAUCGAAUAAGUUCAGAGGUAACGGUUCCAUUGUACAAUUAGCCUGUCUUCCCUCGCUCUACAAAGUCUUCGAACGAUGUUAAAAAAAAGAAAGUAAGCAUUUUUGUUUCUAAGAUCUUUAUUCAU